GUAGGCGCUGUUGCCGUGCACAUUACUGCGACGGCACAGAGAGAAUACAUACAAGCGACAACAAAUUUAAAAUUCCCUAGACUCAUAAAGACAAUUAGUUUUGUCAAGAAAAACCAAAUUGUAUGGGUAAAAAACGUACAGGCCCUCUAGAGUGGUUCAGUUGCAACCCAAUACGAAAACAUCAUCUCCCACAAUGCUUUGCGUCGUCCCACGCUUGCGUCACCAGUGCGACGAAAAUCUGUAGCAAACAAACCAAACACGGGUAUUUUUAAUAUAACUUAAUAAUGGAGUCCGAACAGACAAAAGAAGACUGUGCUCCCUCCCAGCCAGCAGCCUCACCUCCCUCUCAGUCAAAGAAGCCAAGUCAGGCUCUGUAUGUCCCCAAGCAACGUCUUCAUGGCUCCAAAGAUAAAACUCAGACUCAGGGAGAAGUCAAACCAAGACCCAGGCCUCGCUACACAGACAAGGCAAGGAAAAAUGCCAAGAACAAGAAGGACAAGGCUGGAGCAGCUGACAAGGGAGUGCCUGUUGAAGGAGAGAUACAGAAUGGUGAUUCUGAUGUAAAGGAAGAGCGAUUACAGGACACAGAUGCGCAGGUUAACGGGGUGCCUGACUCAGCCAGUGUGGAGGGAGAUGUUGCCUCACGACUGGAAGAAACAGACGCUCAGGAAGCGGAGGAGGAGAGUUGGGACACCUUAUUUAAUGAUGAUGGGGAUUGUCUCGAUCCGCACCUACUUGAAGAGCUGGCUGUGAAGGCGGGUAGAAAGAAGGAGUCAAUCCAGGAGCCCAGGUUUGAUUACUACAAAAUGGACCGUGAUGACGAUGAUGACAUUGACCUCACAGAAGACGAACUUGCUCACAUCGUAGAGAUUUACGACUUCCCUGUAGAGUUUAAGACAGAGGAUCUCCUCAAGUUAUUUCAGUGCUACCAACAGAGAGGCUUUGACAUCAAGUGGAUUGAUGACAGACAUGCCCUGGGCCUCUUCUCAAGCCCCAUAGCAGCUCGCGAAGCUUUAAGAUCCAAACAUCCACUGAUGAAGUUGCGACCGCUCUCCAAAUCCUCAUCCGCUACGAAGGCCAAAGCUCGUAGCUGCUCAGACUACCUCCUGCCUGCUAAAGAGAGACCACAGACGAGUGCAGCACUGGCUCGCAAGCUUGUGAUCAGUGCCCUCGGCGUAAAGAGCAACCUGACAAAGGACCAGCGCGAGGCAGAGCGGAGAAAGCUCCAGGAAGCAAGAGAACAAAAACGGCUGGCAGCCAAACAGAAGGAAGAUGCUUGGGAGGGGAAGUGAACUGGACAGAAAACUACUGCUUUAUUUUCUUUUUAGGGUCCUUGAUUCAGCAGAGGCUCAAGUCUUCUCAGUUUCCUCUCCUACUCUGUUUUCAUCAAGUGGCCACUCCUUCCUACCACUGCACUUCCCAGAAGUGGAUUCACACUGUUUUAUCCUUUCUGCCCAAAUCCUUCAUCAUACUAAAUUCUCUCUAUUCGCUGCCGGUUUUCCUGCAGUGUUACAUAACAUGAGAUUGUUCCUCUGUUCUUCUUUCACUUUUAUGUGUAUAGUUUGUCCAUGUCGCCUCUGUGCCAUGGCCAAGGCCAACACAACCCACUCACCUGUGUUUUCUUUCAUAUUUCUUAACUUAGUAAUCACAGUAUGGAGUACUGAGUACAACCAUUUGUCAAACCCAGUUGAGUACAUUUAAGGCUUCAU